CGUUUUGCACUAUAACCACCGACACAUGAGCAGUCCUCGACGUACUCGCACCGUCAACACAGCAGCACACGGGCUCGCUUGAUUUGUCGGAAUACACACGAUCGUUCGGCCACCCAGCGCAACCAUGUUCCAGGGCCUGGUCGAUUUCCUCGUGUUCCUCCUCCUCUCGGCGUAUUAUAUCAUCGAGUCCAUCAUCAUCAACCUCAUCCCUCGACACUACAGAGCCGGAUGGAGACAAAACCUGAAGGGCGAAAUCGCCCUUGUGACCGGCGGCGGCAAUGGCAUCGGAAGGAUCCUCUGCACCAAGCUUAGCAGGCUGGGAGCAACCGUUGUCAUUUGGGACAUAAACUCGCAGGGCGCUGACGAUACGGCCGCAAUGUUGCGCCAAGAAGGUGGCAAAGCGCACAGCUACAAGUGUGACAUUUCAAACUGCGAAGAUGUGUACGCGACGGCAACGAAGGUCCGCACCGAAGUUGGCAAGGUCACCAUUCUGGUCAACAAUGCUGGCAUUGUGACCGGAAAGCGGCUCCUGGAUUGCCCCGACUCGAUGAUCAAGAAGACCUUUGACGUCAAUAUUCUGGCGCAUUUCUGGACAACGAAAGCUUUCCUGCCUGACAUGAUUGCAACCGACAAUGGCCACAUCGUCACCAUUGCCAGUUUGGCUGGUUUGGUUGGCGUAAACAAACUGGUCGACUACUCUGCCUCCAAGUUCGCCGCUGUUGGCUUUGAUGAGAGUCUGCGACUGGAGCUUGAGGUUGAGGGUAGGAGAGGAGUGAGCACCACUGUUGUCUGCCCAUACUACAUCAGCACUGGAAUGUUCGAAGGUGUCAAGUCAAGGCUGUUUCCAAUCCUGGAGCCGGACUACGUGGCCGACGAGAUUGUGACUGCGAUCCGAUCCAGGGACAAGGUGCUGCUGAUUCCCUCGUACCUGCGCAUCUUUUUGGCCCUCAAAUUUUUGGUUCCAUGGGAUUGUGCCCUGGUCUUCCUGCGCUGCCUGAUCGCCGAUACCAUGCAGCAGUUUGGCUACAAGGAUGGACAUGUGGUCCCCCUGAUGGCCAACAGCAAGAUGCCUGAAGAGCCUGUGAAGAAGGUGGUGCCCGAAGAGGUCACCCAGCUCAACGGCAACACCAACAACGUCGCCUACUGCCGUCUGCAGCAGAAGGAAACCAACGAUGGCCGCCUUAUCUGAGUUCACUAGUGCUGCCUUAACUCGAUGGACAAACCUAUAGUGCUAUAUAAUUACGCGCGCGCUGCUUUUAGUAUAUGGCCACCUUUAAUUUAUUUGCCAGAAUUAGUGGGAUUGUCGGCAGCCAUCAUAUCACUUCAAAAAAUCUCCAAAAUAAUCGAUACGUAUACUUGCUUUGAAAACAAAACCUUUGCUCUUGUUGAAAGAGACUGCAAGUGCCAAUAACGUUUUCAAUGUGGGGUUUUAAAUUGUUUUAAAAUUUUGCCGGCAGAUUUUCACAAGUCAAUCAUUUUUUGAGUAAAAAUUUGCAGAGUAGAAAAAAAACACCUUCAGGAUAUAAAUUUUGAUAGUUUCCUUGUUUGUCUUCCAGAUAUAUGUAUACUUUGUGUUUGUGCAUAGACAAUUUAUCAAUUAAAUAAUCCCCUUCUGUUCCAUUGCUCAACGUUCAAACUUUGUUCUUUUAGUUUUUUUAUGCUUUUUUAAUUUUUUAGUUUUCCGUCCGAAACACUGAAGUAUUCUCCAGUGGUUGAUCUGCUCUCUCUACCAAUAUGUGAUAGCAUUUUUGGUGGUAUCUAGUUUUUUUUAAGCAAUGUGCUGCUCUCAGCUUGUGUUUAAGUGCGGAGAGACUGGGCAACCAUGAAUGUGUGUAUCUGAAUUACCAAUGUUUGAUAAUCGUCUUUAUAAAGAAUUAUUGUGAUAUUCACCAAAAUAAAAAUAAACC